CUGCCCCUCACUGGUCGCCGCUUCCUUGCCCCAGGUGAGCGUGGGGGCCGCGGCGGGCACGGCGGUGGUGCGGGUGAUGGCGCUGGACCACGACAAGGGCGACAACGGCAGGAUAUCCUACUCCAUCUUCGAGGGUAAUGCUGGAGGAAUCUUCAACAUUGACACUGCCCUCGGCGUGAUCAGCCUCACCCGAACCCUGGCCGAGGCCCAGCCCCCGGAGUACCUGCUGCUGGUGCGGGCCACGGACCACGCCGCGCAGGCCCGCGCCGCCUCGGUGCCGGUCCGGGUCAUGGUGACCGCCUCGCAGAGCUCGCCGCCCUCCUGGCAGGGCAAUAAGCCGCACGUGGAGGAGGUCGGGGAGUGGGCGGCGGUGGGCACGGCCCUGGCGCGCGUCACGGCGUCCUCACCGUCGGCCCUCCACUACUCGCUGACGGGCGGGAAUGAACACAGCGCCUUCGUCAUCAGCCCCGCCUCGGGGGUGGUCAGCGUGGCCACGCCCCUGGACUACGAAACCACCUCCUGGUACAACCUGGUGACUCCCUGCCCCGCCUGGUACGCGAGGAAAACACUCAACAAAUGUUCAUUACAAGGAGGAUAUUCUUUUCAGGGGGAGAAAUCACAGGUACUCAGCGAUCUAGAUCCAGACAGAGUAGUUUGGCCCAGAGAAAUGUGUAUAGGCCUAGACGUCAAGCCAUUACCAAAAAAAGGCAAUUCAUAGUCUGUGAAUCUAGAAUAUCUAGUCUAGGGAAACUUGACUUCUCUUUUCACCACUAAUGUCGAUAUUAUCUGAAGCAUUUCUGCCACUCCUUAUAAACACAGCCUCAGAUAAGAUAUUACCCACAUGCUGUCCUGAUCUUCAAUCAACCGUCACUUCAGCGACUUCGGUAAAGAGCGCUACAGGCAGCACACAAAAAAGUGGGUUUCAGCACUGGUGUUCUGCCAUGGUGACGCGCCCCCUAACC